GCAGCCCUCGUCUCCUCCUCUGCCCAGGCAGAAUGCCAAGGUCACCCCUCCGUCUCCGCCCAAGAUCAUCACCGACAAGACCCGCACCUUCGAGUUCAUGCGUGUAGGCAUGCUCGGCGAGGGUGGCUUCGCCCGUGUAUACGAAGUCCAAGACGCCCGCGGACACAGGUCCGCAUGCAAGGUAGUCACCAAGUGUUCUCUCAAAAGCAAGAAAGCCAAAACCAAACUUUAUGCAGAAAUCAAGAUCCACAAGUCGCUCGAGCACCCGAACAUCGUCCGCUUCCAGGACUGCUUCGAGGACGACGACAACGUCUACAUGACCCUCGAGCUCUGCCACAACGGCUCGCUCAUGGACAUGCUCCGCCGACGCCGCCGCUUCUCCGAGCCCGAGGCCCGCUUCUUCAUGGUUCAGCUCAUCGGCGCGUGCCAGUAUAUGCACACGCACCAGGUCAUCCACCGCGACCUCAAGCUCGGCAACAUCUUCCUCGACAAGAACAUGAACGUCAAGGUCGGCGACUUUGGCCUCGCAGCGCUGAUCGAAAUCCCUGGGGAGCGCAAGAAGACGAUCUGCGGGACGCCGAACUAUAUCGCGCCCGAGGUGCUGUUCGACCAGGCGAACGGGCAUAGCUUCGAGGUGGAUACGUGGUCGAUCGGCGUCAUCCUGUACACGCUCGUCGUCGGACGCCCCCCUUUCCAGACCAAGGACGUCAAGGCCAUCUACAAGCGCAUCCGCGACAACGAGUACGAGUUCCCGGCCGAUCGCGCAGUCUCGAAGCCCGUCCAGGAGCUCAUCCAGCAGAUCCUCACCCCCGACCCCUCCCAGCGCCCGACGCUGCACGAGAUCGUCGACCAUCCGUGGUUCACAGCUGGGACCGUCCCAGGCUACAUCCCGACCUCCGCACACGACGCGCCCCCCGACUUCCGUCACAUCGCCCGCCAUAUGUCUGAGGCGAAUCUCAAACGCCUCCGCCGCGCCGCGCUGCUUGACGACGACCAGACGACGAGCAUCGCGGUGCCCAGCGCCCCCUCCGGGCACUCGAACGUGCUUGCAAAUAACGGUGGCGGCAAGGGAGUGCGUCAGGCGAGCUCGAGCCUUGCGCAGCAGGAGAAGGAGUUCCAGAAGGCGAUCCAGCCGGGCUCGCCGAUCUCCGCGCUGCUUAGCUCUGCGCGCCAGCCGCUCAUCGUCGCUGCUCAGGCGAACGGCACGUCGCAAGGACAAGCCCGUGGAGAGCAGCCGCUCCUGCGAAAGCUGCAGGCAGCGAAGGAGGCCGCGAAGUCCCCACCCCGCAGCAGGACCGCUGCGAGGGGUCUGCAGGGUAUUGUUGAGGAGGCGUACGAGGACGAAUACGGCGCGCGGGUGGAGGAGCUCAGGAAGAAGGAGCUCGAGAGCCAGAAGGCGCGGAUCGUUGCCCAGAUGGUUCCUGUCCCUGGGAGCGCUCCCGGGUCAGUGUUCGGGGAUGGCGAGCAGGAGAUGAUGGAGCGCGAGAUGGGGAUGGGAAUGGACGCGGAGAGGGAGAACGUGCCCCCUGCGCGGACGAGGGACGGGGUCAGGAUGCUGAAGGAGAAGGAGAAGGCGAAGGAGCGCGCGAGGGAGGAGAGGGAUAGGGUGCGCGAGGUGAACCUGAAAGAGGAGGUGCCUGGGCCGGUAUCUGGGCCCGUCGGGUCCGGUGCGCCGUCGCUGAAGGUGAACGGGUUCGACGCCGCGGCGCAGACGCUCACCCAGGCGUUCGAGGCCAAGGCGUUGGGCAAGCUGUUCCGGGACCCGCGGGAGGACGCCGGUCUGGAGGAUCCGAAGGUGUUCAUCGUCAGCUGGGUGGACUACUGCAACAAGUACGGGAUGGGGUACGCGCUUACGGACGGGUCCGUGGGCGUGCACUUCAACGACAGCUCGACUGUCGUGCUGUCGCCGGAUAAGCAUCACUUCGACUACGUCUCGUCCCGCCGCCAGGGCGCGGUCUACGUACGCAAGAACUAUACCGUCGCGGAGUACCCCGAGGAACUGAAGAACAAGGUCUACCUGCUCAAGCAUUUCGAGCGCUACAUCAUGGACCGCCUCUACGGCGACUACGACUACACGUUCGAGGACAUCGAGCGUACCAAGGGUAUGGACUUUGUCCAGAAGUACCUGCGGAUGAAGCACGUCAUCGUGUUCAAGAUGUCGCACGACGUGCUGCAGUUCAACUUCUACGACCACUCGAAGGUCAUCCUAUCGUCUCACGGCCUGCUCGUCACGCACAUCGACAAGAAUUACAACCUGACGCGGCAUACGCUCGCGGAGGUCAUGGCGCGUUCGCUGAGACCACCCGUCGCGGAUGCGGAAGAGGCGAAGUUCCAGCAGCGGCUGGUAGACAAGCUCAAGUACUGCAAGGAGGUGCUUCUGUCGAUCCGUGCGGCGAGCCAGGACCAGGUUGCAGGGAGCGAGGCGGGCGACGUGGCGGAGAAGCUUGGUGCGUCGGCGGCUGCUCCCCAGGCUCCGGCGGCUCGGUCGGUGGCGUCGCGCGCGUCGAAGGCGUCUCUGCGUUAGACGCUGCUGCUCUUCCUGUCGGGGUCGCGGCGUAGGUCGCGAGUCCCUUCCCGUCUAGGUUCUGAGUUCCGUCCCAGUCUCCCGUCUCUAUUCCUAUCGUCGGUGGAUGCGGAUAGAAGAGUCUAGUGAUGAACUCUCAGGCGGUGCGGGCGACGCUAGGUCGUCCGCGUCGGACAUCGUUUCAUCUACCCUCUCGCUCACCUCGGUCGUCACUGCCAAAUAUCAAGAAGUACUGUAUAUACCCUCUCAAUCUUCACGUCCUUCUCAGAAGCAUCUCGACUGAUCCGGUCUUGUUUCUCCUUUCCGCCCCGAAGUCUCCCGUUUUCAUCCUCAUCCGUCACGUC